GAGAGAAUGGGCGUGGGAAGAAGUAUCUGCCGGGAGGGAGGCGGGAUUCUGCUCGGAGGGCUUCCCCGCCUGCGUUUGCUUCUUGAGGCGCCUCUCCAUCUCCCCCCCCUCCCCACUACUUUCCUUUCGAGCGCGACCAGGAGCAAGAAGGGCGAGCCGCUCGGCGAAGUUGGCUGCCCGACAUUGCCUCUGGCCCUGGAGGACGACCCGCUCGCCGCCGGUGCCUCGCCUCCUUCGCUCCGAUUUCUCCCGCCUCCGGAACCCGGGCACCAGAAGAAACCAUAAAGCAGGUGUCAGGUAACCUCUUUGAUGAGAACAUUGCAGAAGGAAGCUGCCACCGUGGAAAAAAGCCUUCUUGCUGGAAGCUGCCUGCCUCAUGUCUCAAGGCAAGCAUCAUGACUUCAUUCAUGACUUCAAAUAAACGAGUGGAUUUGAAAAUCAUUAUCAUUGGAGCUUUGGGAGUAGGGAAGACCUCGCUCCUCCAUCAGUAUGUUCACAAGAAAUUUUAUGAAGACUAUCGAACUACUCUGGGAGCCAGCAUCUUGUCUAAAGUGGUAGUUGUGGAUCAAACACCAUUGAAACUGCAGAUCUGGGAUACUGGAGGGCAGGAGCGUUUCCGGUCCAUGGUUUCCACAUUCUACAAAGGCUCAGAUGGCUGCAUGUUGACCUUUGAUGUCACAGACAUGGAUUCCUUUGACACCUUAGAUGACUGGAGGGAAGAUUUUUUGCAGAAAGUUGUCCCUGCUGAUCCAGGCUUCCCUAUGGUUGUGCUAGGCAAUAAAAUUGAUUUGAAGGACCGCCAGGUAUCCAAGGAGGCAGCAUCAUCCUGGUGCAAAGAAAAGGACAUUGCAUAUUUUGAAGUUAGUGCCAAGAAUGAUAUCAAUGUAGUACAAGCUUUUGAGACCCUGGCAAGACAAGCACUAUCAAGGUACAAAGGGAUCAUUGAGAACUACCUAACAGAUUCUAUAAAGCUCACUCCAGAAGACCAACCAAAAACAAAAUGCUGUUGAGAUGUCAUUUGGAGAGAUGUGACAUUUCCAUUUGGUCCGAAAGUUGCUGCAAGGAGCAGAGACACCUGCUGAAAAACCCAUUAGAGAUGAUGGGGAAACUGAAGCAAUCUUGUUCUUUGUAUGCUAACAGCGAUUAAAGGUGGAUUGUGAACAUGGAGAUAGGAAUCAGCCUAAAAUAUCUGGACAUUAAAUCAGCAAAACUGCA